UCUUGCUUUAAAAGUGGGUGAAUCCUCUGGUUUCUUGUACAAGUAAAAUCCAUUUCUUCGCUUCUCUGCUCCCUCUCUUUGUAUACCGUCCUAUUCGGAAGACCUUUUUCGCUCUCGAUCCUUGGCUUCUUCUUGAAUCUUUAACCAUGGUGCUCGAGGCAACAAUGAUUUGUAUUGAUAAUUCGGAAUGGAUGCGAAAUGGCGAUUACUCUCCCUCCAGAUUUCAAGCUCAAGCUGAUGCAGUUAAUCUCAUUUGUGGAGCUAAAACACAGUCUAAUCCGGAGAAUACAGUGGGAGUUCUUACUAUGGCAGGAAAAGGAGUUCGUGUUUUGGUCACUCCAACUAGCGACCUUGGCAAGAUCUUAGCUUGCAUGCAUGGUUUAGAAAUAGGUGGUGAGAUGAAUUUGGCUGCGGGGAUUCAGGUGGCUCAGUUGGCUCUGAAGCAUCGUCAAAACAAAAAGCAGCAGCAAAGGAUUAUUGUCUUUGCUGGAAGUCCUAUCAAACAUGAUAAGAAGGCAUUGGAGAUGAUUGGAAGAAAGUUGAAAAAGAACAGUGUAGCUCUUGAUAUUGUUGAUUUUGGUGAAGACGAUGAUGGGAAGGGAGAAAAGCUGGAAGCUCUUCUUGCUGCUGUUAACAAUAACGAUACCAGCCACAUAGUUCAUGUGCCUCCUGGCCCAAAUGCCCUUUCUGAUGUACUUAUCAGUACACCCAUCUUCACUGGGGAUGGAGAAGGUGGAAGUGGUUUUGCUGCAGCAGCAGCAGCAGCUGCAGCUGGCGGAGUCUCUGGUUUUGAAUUUGGUGUGGAUCCCAAUCUUGAUCCUGAGUUGGCUCUUGCUCUUCGAGUUUCAAUGGAGGAGGAGAGGGCCAGGCAAGAAGCAGCUGCCAAAAAGGCUGCAGAAGAGGCAGCUAAGCAGGAAAAAGGAGGGGAACAGCCAUCUAGUUCACAGGACGCAACUAUGACAGAAAGUGCCAGUGUUACAGCUUCUGAAGCUGAUAACAAGAGAAGUGAUUUAACGGAUGAAGAGAAUGCUCUCCUACAACAAGCUCUUGCAAUGUCAAUGGAUGACCCUGCCUCUAGCCAUGAAUUGCGAGAUACAGAAAUGUCAGAAGCUGCUGCAGAUGAUCCAGAGUUGGCACUGGCUCUUCAAUUGUCCGUGCAAGACAGCACAAAAGAUUCAGAAAGCCAGACAGAUAUGAGCAAAUUGUUGGCCGACCAGUCGUUUGUAUCUUCCAUUCUUGCUUCACUUCCUGGGGUUGAUCCAAAUGAUCCUUCAGUUAAAGAUUUGCUUGCUUCCAUGCAAAGCCAGUCUGAGCCUCAAGAAAAGAAGGAUGAAGACAAGCCAAAGGAGGGGAAAUGAAAUUCUCCAUCGCUGCAUUCUCAUGCCAAAUGAGCUUUAAUUGAAAGAAUGUUGGAAUUGGAAGGUGCAUAAAAUCAAAUCUUUUUUAAGCUUGUUGAACUUUGAGCUUUUGGUCUGAAAGUCCUUUUUCACUGUAGCUGUAACAUUUUGAUUUGUAAUGGAAGGGCUUUAUAAGUCGGGCAUUAUUUGAAUGGGAAAAAAUGCGCAGAAUAUUGAAUUGUAUCCCUCUUUGCAAUGUUUCAAUAUUUUUUUUUGUGGCACAUUGUUACUUUAGAACUCGAAACUUUCUGAUUUGCUUU